AUCGCCAAUGCGAAUUUUAUUACUGCUUUGCAGCCUAGGCUUGCUCGUCCACUCGUUAAUCGACGCUAUCAUCAUACGCUUCAGCGAUUCCGCUACAUCACAAUCAGUCACAGUUGAUACGUGAUUAAGGCAACAUCUGUAUAUCUGACCAAGUGCCACUUGUCGUUCGAGAAUAGCAACAUGACUAUCGUGUUGGUGUUUUUGAUUCUCGGAGCGCUUAUAGCCCUUUACUAUUAUCUGACGCGAAAUUAUAAGUACUGGCAAAGACGUGGAGUUCCGUGGAUGGAUGGAGCCCUGCCGGGGUUCGGACACAUGCUGUCGGUCAUAUGCUUGCGGACGGAUGCCGCUGAUUUUUAUAACAAGAUUUAUAAGGACAAUAAAGGUCGAAGUAUGGUAGGGAUUUACGAGUUGAUGUCACCGUCGCUGAUAAUCCUCGAGCCGGAAUUGGUGAAAACAGUGCUGCAGACCAAUUUCUCAAAUUUCUCCGCGAAUACCGUUCAUGUCGACCCCGAAGUGGAUCCGCUCUUAUCAUAUAAUCCAUUUUGUCUUACCGGCGACAAGUGGCAAAACAGCAGAAAGCGUUUGACCUAUGCAUUUUCUAGUAUGCGAUUAAAAAUCCUGCUGGAAAGUGUCAAAUUGGUGUGCGCGACGAUGGAGAAAUAUAUAGAUGGAAAGAUGAGUAACGUCGAGAAAGCGGAGUUUGAGCUGAAGUCCUUGUUCUCCAGAUACACCGCCCAAGUAGUAGCCGCCGCUGGUUUCGGCGUGGAUGGAUACUGUUUCGAUGACGAGAAAAAGGAUAUAUCUUUCCGAAAACUCGGACAAGCCAUUUUUGAGCCGUCCACGCGAAACAAAAUCAUGUUCACUUUCUUAUUCCUCAUCCCAUCGUUGAACAAAAUUUUUAAAAUGAGUUUUAUUCCGAAGAGCGUAGACCAUUUCUUCAGGACAUUGGUUGCGGAUGUCAUGGGUCAAAGGAGAAAAGAUGGUAUACCUAGGAACGAUUUUCUUCAUUUGAUGGCCGAACUGGAGAGAGCGGAGGGCAAAAAAUUCGACACUGAAAUGCUCACGGGACAAGCGCUGUCGUUCUUUAUCGAUGGCUAUGAGACCUCUAGCACUGUCAUGAGUUUUAUUGGCUUCCAUUUGGCCAGUUAUCCGGAAAUACAAGAGAAAUUACGCGAAGAGGUAUUGUCCGUGCUUAACAAAUACGACGGUGAAAUCACGUAUGAAGGUUUGAGGGAGAUGACAUACAUGGACCAAGUCUUCAACGAAUCGAUGAGAAUGGUACCCGUAAUAGUACUCAUAAAGAAACGAUGCACGGAAGAAUUUGAAUUGAAAGGCUCGGAUGGAGUUGUUUGUCGCGUGCAACCCGGAACGAAGAUCAUGAUACCGGUACAAGCUUUGCAUACAGAUCCUGAAUACUGGGAAAAUCCCGAAGAGUACAAUCCUGAAAGAUUCAGCUCGGACAGGAAAUAUAACAUAGAGAGAUUCGCUUAUCUUCCCUUCGGCGAAGGUCCGCGAAUUUGCGUGGGGAUGAGAAUGGCCCAGCUACAGAUAAAAGCAGGUCUGGCUAGAAUUCUGAAAAAGUACAGCGUUGAACUAUCCCCGAGGACGCAAAUACCUUUAAAGAUGAUUCCUGGAACCAUUCUACCAACACCAAAAGGUGGUCUGUGGUCCUACUUUAGACGUCUUUGAGCUCGAAUAUUUUCUCUUAAAUUUUUUCCGAGUUUUUUCGUCAUAAAUAAUUUUUUAUGUUCAAUAAAAAAA